CAGCGAGAGGGGGGUUGUCUCGACGUAGUCACCGGCGGUAAGGCACAUCCUGUUUGCGUUACAUUGCACCGGUCAUCAUCAUUCCAACUGGUAGAGGAGGAGAGCGAACGUGCGCGCAGAGCAGCAGCACCUGACUGAUCGUGGAUACCUCAACUGCAUUUGCAAUUCUUCAAAUAACAGUCGCCAUCGGUACUUGCUUAAGAAGGAAUAUAAAAAGAAGUAAAGUGGGAUUCUUUUUUAUAAUUUUGUAUUGGUUUGUUCUGUUCUGGGAGAGGACUUUGGCAAGAGGGACCUUGUGUCUGGAGUGCUAGUAGGACACAGACUGCUCUUGUUGGAUGUUGAUUGUUGGUGAAAGUGAAGAAGUGACAGACCGCUGUUGGAAUCAUCACUGGACAGCCUGUGUCGCAUCUGAAUGUCUUCAAAGACUAAGGUCCAUAUAGAGAGGGAGAAAGAGAGGCAAAGUACAACUUUGUGAUGGAUAUCUGCGUGGGAAGUCAAAUCUGGUGAGGUCUGCAACCCUUGUCCACUUGACUUCAACCCCUCAACCCCUUUAGAGACUAUACCAGAUUAUCUCUGGACCUUAAUACUCAGAGGGCUGUGAACAGGAAGGCCCAGAGGAAGUGGAGAGUGUGUGCAGGAUGAGGGAGGGACUGAGACUGCAGGUGUUCUUCUUGUGUUUGGGUGCUGCACUAUGGACAACAGCAGCAGCAACAUACCAUGUCUCAGUUUCACAUGAGCACGGCCAUCGCCAUCAUCUCUCUUUACACAGACAGAGAGAGAGGGGCAAAGAGGGCCAGGUGCUUCACCGCUCCAAACGUGGUUGGGUCUGGAACCAGUUCUUUGUCAUUGAGGAGUACACAGGCCCAGAUCCCGUCUUAGUAGGUCGGCUUCAUUCGGACGUCGAUUCAGGAAAUGGAAAUAUUAAAUACAUUCUCUCAGGCGAGGGAGCAGGCACUAUUUUUGUCAUUGAUGACAAAACUGGCAACAUUCAUGCCACAAAGACUUUGGAUAGAGAAGAACAGGCCCAGUACACCCUUAAUGCCCAGGCUGUGGCCAGAGAUACCAACAAACCUCUGGAGCCUCCUUCAGAGUUCAUUGUCAAGGUGCAGGACAUCAACGACAAUCCUCCAGAGUUCCUUCACGGGCCUUACUAUGCACGUGUGGCUGAGAUGUCCAACGUUGGUACAUCAGUUAUAAAGGUCACUGCCACAGAUGCAGAUGACCCCACAUACGGCAACAGUGCCAGGCUUGUGUACAGCAUCCUACAGGGCCAGCCUUAUUUUUCUGUGGAACCACAAACAGGAGUAAUCCGAACAGCUCUUCCCAACAUGGACAGAGAGGCCAGGCAGGAAUAUGAUGUUGUCAUCCAAGCCAAGGACAUGGGUGGACACAUGGGUGGGUUGUCAGGUACCACUCAGGUUAAAAUCACCCUGACCGAUGUCAAUGACAACCCUCCUAAAUUUGCUCAGGGUGUGUAUGCCAUGUCAGUCUCAGAGGAUAAGGUUCCUGGAGAGGAGGUUGGCCGACUGAAGGCCAGAGAUCCAGAUCUGGCGGAGAACGGACUGGUGGAUUAUCGCAUUUUGGAUGGAGAUGGUGUGAACUUCUUUGAGAUCACGAAGGACUCUGAGACCCAAGAGGCUGUCAUCAAACUGAAGAAGCCUGUGGACUUUGAGACCAAGCGAUCAUACACACUGAAGGUUGAAGCCUCCAACACACAUGUGGAUGCCCGUUUCAUUGCCUGGGGUCCAUACAAAGAUACUACCAUUGUGAAAAUAGCAGUAGAAGAUGCAGAUGAGCCCCCAAACUUCAUGGCUCCUAGCUACAACUUUGAGGUGGAGGAGAACUCCCCAGAUGGCACGCUGGUUGGCCGUGUGCAUGCCAAAGACACUGAUAUCGCAAACAGCCCAAUUAGAUAUAUGAUCCCACGUUACACAGACUUGGAAGAGUUUUUCACUAUUAAUCCAGAGGAUGGCACUAUAAAGACCACAAGACCCUUGGAUCGGGAAGCACAGGCUUGGCACAACAUCUCUGUCAGUGCUACAGAGAUUGGUGGCCACCACCAAGAUGCAAAAGUACGAGUCAAUAUCAAAGUUAAAGAUGUGAAUGACAACGCCCCAGAAUUUGUCACUCUAAGUGAAGUGUUUGUUUGUGAGAAUGUCAGCCCUGGCAAACUCAUUGAGACAGUUAGUGCUGUGGAUAAGGACGAAAUGGCCCACCGCCAACACUUCCACUUCAGAUUGGCCCCUGAUGUUGUCAACAACCACAGUUUCUCCCUCAAGGACAAUAGAGACAGCACCGCUAGCAUAUAUGUGAUGCGGAAGGGUUUCAGCAGAAUGAGCCAGGAUGUAUACCACCUUCCUAUCGAGAUCAACGACAACGGUGUACCCCCCAUGAGCAGCACCAGUACCCUUAUAAUCCGUGUAUGCAGCUGUGACAGCAAAUACACCAUCCUCUCUUGUAAUGUGGAACCUUUUAUCCUGACGGCAGGGCUUAGCACCGGCGCUCUGAUUGCCAUCUUGGCCUGUAUUGUUAUUCUACUGGCGAUUGUGGUGCUGUUCGUCGCCCUGCGCCGCCAGAAGAAAGAGCCUUUGAUCAUGUUUGAGGAGGAAGACAUUCGUGAAAACAUCAUCACCUACGAUGAUGAAGGAGGUGGGGAGGAGGACACAGAGGCAUUUGACAUCGCCACCUUACAGAACCCAGACGGUGCCAAUGGCUUCCUGCCCCGGAAGGACAUAAAGCCCGAGCUGCAAUAUCCUAUACACCCCGGUCUGAGGCCUGUCGCUAAAAGCGUGGACGUGAACGAUUUCAUCAAAACACGGAUUACCGAUGCGGACAGUGACCCCACGGCACCGCCGUAUGACUCCAUUCAGAUCUAUGGUUAUGAAGGCAGAGGCUCUAUUGCUGGCUCUCUCAGUUCAUUGGAGUCAGUGACCACAGAUUCAGACCUGGACUAUGAUUACCUCCAAAGCUGGGGGCCACGUUUCAAGAAACUUGCCGAUCUUUACGGCAGCAAAGACUCUGAAGAUGACAACUCUUAACGUUCACUCAAAUACAUCCUUUUACAUCUCCCUCUGCCCUGCCCUCCUCCACUAACUCUGUGUUAUUUGUGAAGUUUGCUAUAAGUAUACCUUGAGUUUAUCAAUUUAUAGUAAACUUUAGGUUGUUUGUUUUUUUUAAGUAUACGUGCAGUAUACUAGAUGCUGAGAAGGUCAUAUGAUCACGAUGUGCUUCAGGAGAGCCAGAAGGGUAGACAUUCAAAUUUUAUAAAGAAAAAAAUAGAUAAAAGAGACACAUUUGUGGGAUAUUUUGGUGUGUAGGAAUCAAGAAAUAUGUGACAAUGUUAAAAAUUAAAGAACAUUACAAAUCACUUUUGAUGUUUGUAGGUUCCUGCAAGUUUGAGGUUAUGGAGGUGUAUCACAGACAGACAUGGAUUUUUUGAUACUGUGAAUGAGCUCACAGAGGGGAAAAAAAAACAGUUGCCUUAUUAAAAACUAAAAUUAAGGCUUUUACGUUAUGUAGCACCUCCGUGUUGUCUUUGGAGAUGAUGUCCAAACAGGCCCUCAUGUUUUGUUUUUUUUUUUUUUUUUUUUAUAUAUCUGGAAGCAGAUGGAUCCAGCAAAUAUAUAAUUAUCUGUUGUGUUUCUGUCAUCUCAAAAAAAAAGAAAGAAAAGAAAAACCCUUUGGCCUAGUUCCAAUGAAGAACAAUCACAAAGAAAGACCUGUGAGCUCGAAAAUCGCCUUAACUAAAUGGACACUCUUGCAACACAGUGCAUUUUUUGUAACUUGAAAGCUAUAUCCUAAAGCAAGAUAAAGUCCUUAUAACAUAAGUACAGUACAAUGUGCAAAAUAUGUCUCUUGAGGAUCAAUCUUACACCUAUCGGUUUAUGUAAAUCUUUCUCCUUUUUUCAUUAUGCUGAAAUCACUAUUUUCUGUUUUCUUCAUUUCUCAUUUUCUUUAAUGGCUUUUGUUAUUCUCCUUUGUGAGAAAAUAACAGUCUGUCCUGCCGCAGUGAGAAAUGGCUAAUUUUUAUGUUGAUUUUAUGGUAACUAUUUGUAAAAUGUUUAUGUUAUUAUUUUAGUAUGCAUACAGAUAUCAAUAUUUCAGCAUGUAAGGAAAAAAUUACAGCAUCACACUUAUAUUUUAUGAACAUUAUACUGUUGCUUUAUUAUGUGCUUCAAUCUGAGAAGCAAAAACCUUUUAAAUAAAUCCUCUUUUUAUAAACUGAUUGAUGGCGGUAAUAAAUGUGUAAGAACGUCUAUAUAUCAUUGGUUUGUACAAUGCAUAACUAUUGUAUCACGGGUAAUGACAGAAACACAAAGGUUGAAUACGGACACAGGGCCUUUGAUCUAUGUGAGUGUGAAUGCAAUUCAUGUGAUGCAGAGACGUGCAGAGCUUUUCACCGUUUUCAGUGCUUUCCAGUGGUGGGUCUCUCUCCAUUGUCUCCCACCAGAGAGCCUUGCAUUCUUCCCUCUCCCAGGGUAGCCACACAUUGAAAGGUCAAUGUGCACUUUGCUAAAAGAAGAGAGAAAAAAAAGAAUGAAAAGAAAAAUUGUUACAUAAAACUGAACUUCAGCCCACCUGAAUGAGAUUUGACAGCAAUUUCCCUGAAGGGGCUUGGAGAUAAACAGAAGAGCUCUGCUGCAGGCCCUUUUCACCCAUGCAAGAGGACUAUAAAUGCUGUAGCCAUGUAUAAAGCACAGGAAAUAGCCUCUGAUGAUAGAAGUGUACGCUGUGGUACCGUAUCUUUUUGCUAUUCUCCACAGAACCCUGCUGCCCACGCUCUCAUAAAGCAAAACAUGCCCUUUAAAAGUAUUAGUUUGGUGUAUUUUACCAAACCAGUAUAUUUCUGACCAUCAUGUUGUAUAUUAUAUGGCCAUUAAGGGUGUGUUCACACUUUUAGUUACAGUUCUCUUGGUAUGGACCAAAAUAAAUAAAUUAUACAUUUAGUCCUGGUUCACUUUGUGUUCACACUGGCAUUUUUAACCAUAAUUGGACCCACUUUCCCUUAACCUCUAACAUUUUGCACACUUGAGCAUUUUUGUGUGUUUUUUCCAGUAUACUGGAAAUAUGCUCGCCUGACCAAAUGUUAAUAAGGAAAUUUACCUCCUCAUUUCUCCAUGUUUGCCCUCUGCUAUUUUUUUUUUUUUUGCAUACACUGAUCUAUGUUAUCAAAUCACAAGAUUUUUUGGUCGUAUCUUGUGACAUCACAUCCUGUUAUUGGUCCGUUUAGACAUCCAGCUGCAUUCAUAUAUCAGUCGAACCGCAACAGAGUUCGUUUGGAAGCGGACUGAGACCCACUAUUCAGGGGGUCUCUGUCUGCUUGUUUGUUCGUACCGAAGUCCAGAUGGCAGCAUUCACACUUGUUCAAAUGAACCACACUAACAGAGCAACCAGAGUUUGUUUUAAUCUAAAUCCAAGUGUAAACACACCCUAACUUAACCUUACUUCUUUUUUAUUUUAUUUUUCAUUCAUGUUGAUGUUA